AUGGAAUCGGCCGGCAGGUUCGAUGUACAAACACCCAUGAUUGAGAACAUGGUUGUGGGAGUGCCGCCAGUAUUCGAAGGCUUGACAAAGGAGCUGGACAAGAUUGUCGAACAGCCACUGCUCGGCCCAAGGACGAAUUUCCCCGCAGCUUCCUUUACCUUCACCCGGAAAGAUGUUUCUGGAAACCACAGACCACAGGCAAUCGCCCAUCGAGGGUACAAGGCAAAGUUUCCAGAGAACACCAUGGGCGCUUUCAAAGGUGCUGUAGAAGUUGGUGCAGAAGGGCUGGAAACUGAUAUACAUCUGACCAAAGACGGGGUGGUUGUCCUGUCGCACGACAAGGACCUGAAGCGUUGCUUUGGCCGCGAGGAAAGGAUUAUAGAUUGUGACUACGACUUCUUGAGUGGACUGCGAACACUGAAGGCGCCGCAUGAGCCGUUACCCCGCCUGGUCGACUUGCUCGAGUAUCUGGCACAGCCUGGAUUGGAAGACAUCUGGGUGAUGCUCGAUAUCAAGCUCGAUAAUGAGGCCGACGAUGUGAUGCGCUUGAUUGCAGAAACAAUACAGAGUAUACGUCCUUUGCCGUCGCGGCCAUGGCGCAGCCGUAUCGUACUUGGGUGCUGGGCGGCCAAGUACCUGCCACUGUGCUCCCGCUAUUUGCCUGGGUUCCCAGUUACACAUAUUGGCUUCUCCACGCUCGUGGCCUCCUACUUCUUCACAGUACCCAACAUCUCCUUCAACAUGAACCAGGCUGUGUUGAUGACACCGUGGGGACGCCUGUUUCUCCGCAAGGCUCAGCGGGAACAGCGGCCCGUGUAUGCAUGGACGGUAAACGAUGCGUCGAGAAUGCGGUGGGAUAUACGGCGAGGGUUGGAUGGCGUCAUCACGGAUGAUCCCAAGCUGUUCCUCGAGGUGCGGCGGGCGUGGCAUGAGGGCACGAAGGAUGGUGUGAGCCUGAUGACAUGGCUGGAUGUGGCCAGACUCAACUUCUUUGCUCUCAUCUACGCCAUCUUGUUCUACUUCAUGUUUGGCUUUUCACAGAAGAGGUCGCCAGUCAAAGUGAAGGCGACGGCGGAAGGUUGA